AUGUUGAAUAGAGUUAUAUAUGAUUUGUUACUCUGGAAGCAGUUUAGUGAAAAAGGUAUGAGCCUAGCUUUAGCGAGACCUCACAGUGGAUCCAAUAUUCAGAAAUUUGCAAACACUACUUAUUGGAAACUAGGAAUACUUGUGGAUACACGUUGUUCUUCUGAAGACUAUAUUGCUUCAAUAUUUUUUAACGCAACCAACUAUAGAAUGUAUGAUGAACUCCACUAUUGGUUUAUACUAGGCUACAAUUUGACCAAUGUUCUUAGUGUUGUUAAUGACGGAGCUUUCGGAGUGUCAACGGAUUUUGUGAUUGCAGUUCCUGGUAGCGAUGAAGGUUAUGACUUGUACGAUGUAUAUAAUCCAUAUGAAAGGCGCGGUGGAAUGCUCAACGUUACAUUUUAUGGUACCUGGACUGAUAAUAGUGGACUGUCAAUACGUCUUAUACAAAUGAAAACAUGGAGAAGAGCAGACCUUCAUGGAUUACUGAUAAAAGCAAUGUUUUUUCAAAGUCUGUAUAGACCUCCAGACAUGCCGUUGGACGAAUAUUAUCAAGAUGAACGGAAUGGUACAAGAGAUGGGCGUUCGAAAUUUGGAUAUCAUAUUUUAACUCAUUUAUCGACCAUGUUUAACUUCACUUUAGAAUGUAUAGAGGCUUUGCCGUGGUUAGCUAAUGAUUCUUUAGAUCCAUUGGCCCGAGCUAUGACUAAUAUGGAAGUUGACAUAACAGGCACGCCCUUGAACAUAAAUUUAAAAAGAACUUAUUUGAUGAAAUUUCUCCAUGAAGAUUGGCCUUUUCGAACAUGUUUUAUGUUUCGGAAUCCACAACCAAAAAAUAUUAAAAUUAAAGAAAUAUUUCGUCCGUUUGCCGAUAGCGUCUGGUUUUUUAUAUCUGUGUUUAUUGGAGCGAGUUUAAUUAUACUUAGUAUUACUCUGCACCAUGACCACAGGGAGCAUAAGCUUAUAAACGUUGGAAAUUCUUUUACAAUGAUUAUUGGUGCUCUAUGUCAGCAAGGCACGGAUGUAAAACUCCAAUUAUUUUCUAGCCGUAUGGCUUUCUUAUUUAUUUUAAUAUUUAGUUCAUUGAUGUACAACUACUACUCAGCAUGUGUUGUAUCCGCUCGUUUGGACGAACCCAUUAUAAAAAUCAAUGAUUCCUUGAAUGAAUUAAUUAAAUUACGUUUGAAAAUGUCUUCCGAACGUAUGCCUUACUUAGAAAACUUCUUCAAAACUCAAUUUUGGGAAGUAAAAGUAUUUCAAAAACAAGUCUGGAAUACGAUGACCGAUGAUGAAAAAUUCAUGGAACCUGAAGCUGGUAUGCUACUUGUUCAAAGAGGGGGGUUUGCUUAUCACGUACAUCCAGAUACGGGUUACACUAUAGUAGAAAGAUUAUAUGGAAAUCGUGAAAUUUGUGAAUUGAUGGAGGUUCAUUUGUCUCGACCAAAAAUGACGCACUUCGUCGUAACAAAUAAUAGCACAUUCGCCGAACUCGUUCGAGUCGGGUUGACAAAAAUAUCAGAAGUUGGUUUACGUUCGCAACAGCUUCAUAAAUGGCAGCGCAGAAAACCUGUCUGUCGAAAGGAUAUCUUGAGUGCGACGAGUAUCGACAUUUAUGAAUUUGCACCACACUUAAUUUUCAUGAUCUUGGGAGUUUUAUUAGCACUUAUUAUUUAUAUUAUUGAAAUUAAAAAAUUUAGUGAAAAAAGUGUAGCAGUGUCAUUGGUAAAAUUAAGUGAGAAGUCAUAUAUGGAGAAAUAUGCAAACGAUACCACUUCAAGGCUUGGAAUAUUUUUAGAUAUACGCUGUUAUGCCGAAGAAGACGUUAUUUUAAUAUUUUACGAAGCAACCAACUACAGAAUAUUUGAUGAAUUCCACGAUUGGUUAAUACUAGGAUACAAUCUCAGUGGUACUGCAGAUGUAAUUAACGAUAAGGCGUUUGGUCUAUCAACAAAUUUUAUUAUUGCAAUUUCCGAGGAUUUCGAAAGUUUCAAUUUGUACGAUGUGUACAAUUGUUUCAAAGAUCGAGGUGGAAUCUUAAACAUAACAUUUUACGGCAAUUGGAAUUUUGAAAAAGGAUUCACAUUAAAUUUAGUGCAGUCGAAGUUUACCAGACGAGCAAACCUUCAUGGUUUGAAGCUGAGAGCAAUGUUUUUUCAAAGUCCCUACAGACCUACAAAUAUGUCAAUAGACGAAUAUUUAAAAGAUUAUAAAAAUACCACAAAAGAUGGCCGAUCCAAAUUUGGUUAUAUUACUUUACGACAUCUAGCAGAUUUGUACAAUUUCACUUUUGAGAGUUCCGAGACAAAAAAAUGGGAACCUGGUGACGCUCUUGGUCCAUUGACAAAGGCAAUGGCGAGUUUUGAAUCAGAUAUUGGAGGUUCAGGACAUGUUUUAUUUUUCGAAAUCCUGAAUCAACCACUAUUAAAGUAA